AUGCCCCCAAAGUCCGCACAGGCUGCAUCACUUGAAGGCGGCUGGAAAUGUGACGGCUACUCUCCUAUAGCCAAAGAACCUACUUCCAAGAAAAAAAAGAACAGUCCUGCCGCUUCGACCGAGCCUAAUGUUACACUGAGCCAGCAGUUAACAGCAUUGACGUUGAUCAGUGGACAACAUGCGGGAAUUCCAUUACUACCAAGACUCCCGCUAACGAAAAAUGUCCUUGAGCAGCGUUGUCUUAGCCACUUUUUCACCUACACUCUCAAUGAAAUUGACCUGUCACCUGGGAUUAACGGAUUCUGGCUCAAAACGCUGCCAGCCCUGAGUCAAAAUGAGCCGCUGGUUCGGCAUGCCGUGACUGCAUUGGGUGCCACCCACUGCCUCUUCCUCAGUCAUGACUCCUCAAGGAUCAACCAUGAAGCUAAAUACCAGGCGGUUGUUACUCAGCAAUUCACGAGCUCCAUCUCACGAUUGGUACCUCUCAUGUCUCAGGCAAAGCCUGAGAAUACUAUCCUGGUCUUGAUAUGCUGCCUGCUAUUUGUAUUCAUCGAGUCUAUGAGAGGCUCUCAGACCGAAGCCUUGCGACACCUUACAGCCGGAUGCCGACUCCUCGCAUCUGUUCGCGACCUCCCACCGGAACUAGAAGGGAAACUGCGCGAAAUCGCAACAGUAUUCCGGGGACUCGGGUCCGUCGUCAACAUGUUUAACGAAGACAAGAUAAUUCCGGAUCUCGCGUCAUAUGCGGAACUUCCAAAAGGGUACGAAGAUCCCACGAAGCCCUAUGAGAGUAUCGAUGAGGCAGAGAAAGCCUUGGCUCAUCUUGAUAUGUUUCUCUCGGAUAUGCACUGCACCCACGACAACUCUGAAGGACCGUUCCCGGAGCGACUAAAGGAGAUCAACGAGCAGACGUUUCGGAGCCUUGGAAGGCGCUUCCGAAAAUGGGAAGCCCGCUUCGAGAGAACUCUCGAAAGUCUUAGGCCGCCUCAUAGCUAUGAACUCCUCAACCUGAAGCUUCAGAGGUACCUCUGGGCUCAAAUGAUGAAACAGCCAUAUGGCGAAGAGCCGGUUAUUGGCGAAGAGAAAUGUAUGUGGCUAAUGGAUAAGGUGGAGGAAUUGCUCGAAAUGACGAACCCAACGCAAAGAAUCUUCACAACCAAGGCGGAUUUGAUCCCGGUACUAGUCGUGGUAUACGGAUCAUGUCCGGUUACCCAAGUACGGAAACGAGCGAUAGCGCUAUUACAGUUACGUAGCCGAAGGGAAGGGUUUUGGGAUAGUGACAAGACAGCUGACUUCCUGCAGUUGGAUCUUGAUAAAUGCUUGGCAGGUCAGAAGGGCACAUCGUGGCCGGCUGUCGGCCCUUCUACUGCCCAAGGGGCACUUCUGGUUUUCAGGCCGAAACCAGAAGCAUAA